UUGUCAUGCGCUGCAGUCGCUAGUCGUUUUUGUUAAAAAAUUCUCGUCGAGCUCGGCGGCCAUAAUCAAACAAAACUGUUUUCGUAGAAAUGACGAUUAUUUAACAUUCUUAUUGAUUUACUGUGGUUUUUAAUUGAACAAUUUUACAAAUGAGCGCAAAAUUGGACGUAAAUAGACGUGUCUUAGCUAUCCAAGCUAAAAAGAAACGACAUAAGCCAGCUAAGAAAAAAGGUAAGAACGAAAUGAACGGCCACGGGGAAAACCGGAUCAAUUCGAAGACCGAGCCCUCGCACAGCUCCAGCAAUGAGACGAUCGAAGACCAGGACGACCCGUACACGAGCGAGGAGGAGGAGCAAGAAGACAGCAAUGACUACCGGAAAGGGGGCUACCAUCCUGUCAAAAUCGGGGACCUGUUCCUCAACCGCUAUCACGUCACGCGGAAGCUGGGCUGGGGCCACUUCUCCACCGUGUGGCUGUGCUGGGACCUGCAGGACCGGCGGUUCGUGGCCCUGAAGAUCGUCAAAUCGGCCGAACACUUCACCGAAACGGCGCUUGACGAAAUCAAAAUUUUAAAAGCGGUGCGGGAGUCCGACCCCACGGACCCCAAACGCAACAAGACUGUCCAGUUGUUGAACGACUUCAAGAUCAGCGGAAUCAACGGCGUGCACGUGUGCAUGGUCUUUGAAGUGCUUGGCCACCACCUGUUAAAGCUAAUUAUCAAAUCGAACUACCGAGGGAUCCCUCUGGACAACGUCCGCACAAUCAUGCGGCAGGUUCUGGAAGGUCUCGACUAUUUGCAUACGAAAUGUAAAAUAAUCCACACCGAUAUCAAGCCCGAAAACGUCCUGAUUUGUGUUAGUGAAGAGUAUAUCAGGAGGCUGGCGUGCGAGGCGGCGGAAAUGCACCAUCUAGGCUUAAAAUUACCCACGUCUCUUAUAAGCACCGCACCGGUCCAGGAAGUACAAGCGUCGAAAAUGAGCAAAAACAAGAAGAAGAAGCUGAAGAAGAAGGCGAAACGACUUAAUGAGCUACUUAAACGGCAGAUGGAGCAAAUCAUAGAGAUUGAGGAGCAGAAGAAGGUGAAGGAAAACGGCGAUGUGGCGACUGAUAACGACUGCAAUGGAACUAGUCCGAGUCCCGAGACGACGCCCGAGGGCCCCGAAGACAAACUCUCCAACGGUUGCCUUGACGAACUCGCCGGGGGCGAGGCCCCCGCCAGCGAGGACAGCGUUACCGAAGCCGUCAUGCAAAUGUCCGAAGAUGAUUCCCCCUCGCUGACGUCCAGAAGCGAGCUCAAGGUCGAGGCCGACCCGGCGUUUACGGUCUGUGAUUUCGAUGUGAAAAUAGCCGAUUUGGGCAACGCGUGUUGGGUCGACAAGCACUUCACCGAAGACAUCCAAACGCGGCAAUACCGCUCGCUGGAGGUGCUCCUGGGGGCAGAGUACGGCACUUCGGCCGACAUCUGGAGCACCGCGUGCAUGGCCUUCGAGCUUGCGACGGGCGACUACCUGUUCGAGCCCCACUCGGGGGAGGACUACUGCAGGGACGAGGACCAUCUAGCCCACAUAAUCGAACUGUUAGGCAACAUCCCGCGCCGGAUCGCCCAAAGCGGACGGAACUCGAAGCUGAUCUUCAACAAGAAGAACGAGCUGAGGCACAUCACCGGGCUGAAGCCGUGGGGCCUGGAGGACGUGCUGACGGAAAAGUACGAGUGGAGUCGUCAGGACGCCGAGGAGUUUGCGGCGUUUUUGAAACCGAUGCUGGACUUUGAUCCCAACACGAGGGCCACGGCCGCAGAGUGUCUCCAACACGCUUGGCUCAACAAGAAAUGAGUUGCUCUCUAUGUAGUUAAAUUAGACUUGAACCCAAAAUUAGUUUAUUGUAAGCAAUUUUCUAUUGGAACCAUUGCUAACUGUCGGCGUUUUCCAGUAGAGCACUGCCUUGUGUAAAUUAUUUCUGGGAUUGGUUGUGCUGCAGAUAUAGGUGACUGAAUUAUUUUAAAUUGCUUGUUAGCUGACCAGAGCGUUUAUUUCAUAGUUUAACUUCAAGGCAAGUUGGCGCCGUCUGCCGUUAUGUUAAAGUAAUUUAUUUUCAUCUGGUUCUACAGGGCCUUUGUUUCUUGUAUAUAGAUUUGUCAUAGAGAAAUUGUGAUGUAUGUGUUUCAUAGACAAUAUAUCUGUCCUCCUUGGCUGCUUUACAGAAAUUUUCGUUUAUGUAAUAAAUGUUCCGUAUUUAUUAAUUCAUGUUUGUAUUUAUGUGGCGGCCAAGGAGUCAAUCGUAGAUGAAUGUCUACCCAACUGGAGUUAUGAGAACAUUUAGACGCGAUGACAAGGCUCAUCAGUUCCAUACUAGUUAAAGCACCAACAUUUGUAUUAAACCAUAUUUAAAAUUAAAAGUAUACAAUGUACAUUGAAUCUCUAUAUGCUAAGUAUAUAUUAAAUUGAUA